AUGGUCGGACCAGCACCUACCUCACCCCAAACGUAUCUGCAAAUUAUCGGCGCCUGUGACAAUUUCAGAGUCUCGGGGACGAGUACCAACGCUAGCAAUGAACAUCUUACGCCAUGGCAUCUCACACCCGAGCCCUUCUCCCCUGCCAUUGGCCUCCUUCGACCUGUGGUGCUCUCCCAGCUUCGGGCGGAGAAUGCACGCGGGCAACCGGUUUGGGAGUUUAGCACGCAUGGUGGGCAAGCCACAGUGAGCUUUGCUACCUGGAUCCGUACGUCGGCUCAGCGGACGCGUGUGAUGAAGGAGAUGUGCGAGCGGUGGCGGGACGAGGACUUAUGGACUGAUAUCAUAGGGCCGAAGAAGUGGCGUGGCGAGCUGUACCCUGUGUAUCGUAACCCGUUUGGCGCACACGACUCGCCUGCGAAAGACGAGGAUGCACUUGACACUUCUGGGGCUAUGACCGGCGACACGGCGAAAAACUACGCGUUCAUGAUGGAGCGGGCAGCGUGCGCUCUAUUUGGCGUCGUCACAUACGGCGUACACAUGACUAUCUACGAGGAUGAUGUCGAUGCUGACGGGGCUCGUUCCUGCAAGAUCUGGGUCCCAACCCGCUCUCGGACGAAACAGACUUGGCCAGGGUAUCUCGAUAACAGUGUUGCAGGGGGUAUACCGUGCGGACUCGGUGCGUUCGAGUCCCUUGUGAAGGAGUCCAUGGAAGAGGCGAGCAUUGAAGAGAACGUGGUGAGGAAGUACGUUCGAUCAGUUGGGAGCGUGAGCUAUUUCUUUCGAACCGAUGCAGGAUGGUUGCAGCCUGAGGUCGAAUACGUCUACGAUCUACGCGUACCCCCUGGCGUAGACCCCGCUCCGUUCCAACCUAAGCCUCUGGAUGGAGAGGUGGAAUUAUUUGAGCUACUUCCACUGGACGAGGUGAUCACUCGCAUGCGCUCAGGUCUUUUCAAGCGAAACUGUGCUCUAGUUCUAGUAGAGUUCAUGAUCCGCCACGGAUAUCUCACCCUCGAGGCAGAACCGGAAUUUCUAGAAAUUAUAACGCGUUUACAUGGGAGGUUCGACUACGAUAAGUGGUGA